AUGGCCACCACCGCAACACCCCUUCCGUACCGCCUAGACGGCAAGGUCGCCCUCGUGACUGGCGCUGGCCGUGGGAUAGGGGCAGAAGUGGCCCUCCAACUUGCCCGAUGCGGUGCCAACGUCGUCAUCAACUACGUCAAAUCAGUUGAAUCGGCUCAAAAGGUGGUGGAAGAGAUAAAGGCACUCGGACCUGAUGCUGUAGCGAUUCAAGCCAAUGUCAGCAAGGUUUCAGAGACUGUUCGCCUAUUCGAAGAAGCCGUUGGGCAUUUUGGGAAGCUGGAUAUUGUUUUCUCCAACUCCGGCGUGGUAUCUUUUGGUCAUCUGGAGGAAGUCACGGAGGUAUACUCAAUCGCCUUCCUACAGGAGGAAUUUGACAGAGUUUUCGGCCUGAAUACCCGCGGACAAUUCUUUGUCGCUCAGCAAGCAUACAAACACCUUGGCGAGGGUGGACGUAUUAUUCUCAUGAGUUCAAACACGGCUUUAUCCUUCUCAGUUCCCCGACAUUCUGUGUACUCUGGAUCCAAGGCUGCCAUCAAUGCCUUUGUUCGCGUCCUCGCCAAAGACUGCGGCAAGAAGAAGAUCACUAUCAAUGCCGUGGCACCUGGCGGUAUCGUGACGGACAUGCUCCAUGAGACGGCGAAAGACUACUUGCCCAGAGCUGCCAAUCUUUCCAAGGAAGAGAUCCUCGACAUCAUUGCAAAUGUGUCGCCGUUGAAGAGGUUGGGUUACCCGGCUGAUAUAGGGAAAAUCGUGGCCUUCCUCGCAUCCAACGAGUCCGAGUGGGUGAACGGCAAGAUCAUUGAGAUUGACGGUGGAGCUGCUUAA